UAAUUCGCUGCUGAAAAGUGAAAAAUGGCUCUUUAGCUCAUUUGCCCUUUUCAUCUCCUGAAUUGACAAUCUUCGGCUUCUAAUAAACGUCCGGCAGCUUUGUGGAGUAUUUCAUUUUCUCUGAUGUUCCUCUGCUUGGUUCAUUCUCCAUCUUGAGCGGAGCUGGUCGGUGGUUCAACGAAGUCGUUUUACCCUUUUCUUCUCGCAGCUUCUUGUCUUCACUCCUCAUGCAGUGAUUUAUGUUUUCUUCCUCUGUUCUUCCCUCUUUUCAUUGACACUGCUGAACCCAAAAAAUGCUGAAUAUUUCGGUGUCACUGUCUUCUAUGACUCCAACAAUAUCACCUUCGUCUCGAAACGCCAUAACUAAGCUUCCUCAACUCUCGCACGCAUUGUCUUCUUUAGCCACCACAAAUUCCCAUUCUUUCUCUGGACUUCCAUGUGGGAAAGCCUCUUGCCCACCUUCUUAUUUGUGUGUUGGAGCUCAAAAAUCAGCUUCAUUUCUCGUUCCAAGUCGAAAAAAUGUAACCUUUAAGGUCACAGCUGCUUUGGUUCCUGAAGCUAACAGUCAUGAGCCCAGCAAACCCAAUACUUUGAUUCGGACGCUACAGCUUGGGGCCAUGUUCGGAGUUUGGUAUGUUUUGAACAUUUACUUCAACGUCUACAACAAACAGGUUCUAAAAGUAUAUCCAUUUCCAGCGACAGUGACAGCAUUUCAGUUUGGUUACACUGCGCUGAUGAUUACUUUGAUCUGGACUUUUAAUCUCUACCCCAAACCAAAGAUUAGUCGGGCACAGCUUGUAGCAAUCUUUCCGCUGGCUGUGGCUCACACAGUAGGUAACCUUUUGACCAACAUUAGCUUUGGAAAGGUUGCUGUGUCUUUCACUCACACAAUCAAAGCUUUGGAGCCUCUCUUUACAGUUGUUCUUUCUUCUCUUUUUCUUGGGGAGCAACCUACUUUUAGGGUGGUUUCUUCCCUCGUGCCAAUAGUUGGUGGAGUGGCACUGGCAUCAAUGACUGAAGUCUCUUUCAAUUGGAUUGGUUUCGGUAGUGCUAUGGCAUCUAACCUUAUCAACCAAUCACGGAAUGUGUUGAGCAAAAAACUUAUGGUCAAUGAAGAGGAAAGCUUGGACAACAUAAACCUCUACUCAGUUAUAUCAAUAAUUUCCUUCAUUCUGGCAAUCCCAUUUGCCAUUUCUAUGGAAGGGUUUAAGUUUACACCUUCGUUCCUGCAAUCUGCUGCAAGCCAAGGAUUGAAUAUUAGAGAGCUAUGUGUGAAAUUGGUGCUGGCUGGGUUCUGCUUCCAUGCGUACCAACAGGUUUCUUAUGGGAUAUUACAGAUGGUAUCCCCAGUGACGCACUCAGUCGGGAAUUGUGUGAAGCGCGUGGUUGUCAUAGCAUCCUCAAUUAUCUUCUUUCAGACUCCUGUCUCGCUGGCCAACACCAUUGGAACUGCUGUGGCACUUGGUGGCGUAUUCUUCUAUUCGAGGACUAAGCGGAUAAAGCCGAAGGCGGCAUAGAUUUUCGAGAGCGAGAGAGAAAAGUUAAGUAAUGCCUUAAAGGCAAGGAAGAUGCUGCUCCAGUGCUUUGUCAAUUUAUAUAUGCAUUGUUCAUUCUUGAACACAGCAUGGGAAGAAGCUUGUUCGUGAUUGCAUGCAAAUUUUGAAGCCUUGGAUUGCCGCCUUGCACGUGUACGUGAACUUGAUGUAGGGGUUCUUUUUAGGUUCAAAAGCUUACUACUUCUGUAUUUGUUAUGUGUGGAUUUUUAAGUAGAAUGGGUAAUUGCACUCGGCUUAUUUAUUAGUUAAUUUUAUACUUUUAUUUUAUUU